GCAUCCCUGUAACCAGCUGACCUCUCCCUGUCCCCUUCCUCAGGUGGCAGUCGAUAUGGAAUUUGCAAAAAACAUGUACGAGUUGCACAAGAAGGUGUCUCCUAGCGAGAUCAUCUUGGGCUGGUAUGCAACAGGUCAUGACAUCACGGAACACUCUGUCCUGAUCCACGAGUAUUACAGCCGGGAAGCGCACAAUCCAAUCCACCUCACUGUGGACACAAGUCUCCAGAACUCACGCAUGAGCAUUAAAGCUUAUGUCAGUGCCCCAAUGGGAGUCCCUGGCAAGACUAUGGGCGUGAUGUUUACACCUCUGACAGUGAAAUAUGUUUAUUAUGAUACAGAGCGGAUAGGAGUGGAUCUUAUCAUGAAGACUUGUUUCAGCCCUAAUCGAGUGAUUGGCUUGUCCAGUGACUUACAGCAGGUGGGGUCAGCGUCAGCCAGGAUUCAGGACACCCUGACCAUGGUGCUGCAGUAUGCAGAGGAUGUAUUGUCUGGCAAAGUGGCUGCUGACAACACUGUUGGGCGUUUCCUGAUGGAUCUUAUUAACCAGGUGCCAAAGAUUUCACCAGAGGACUUUGAGACAAUGUUGAACAGCAAUAUCAACGACCUACUGAUGGUAACCUACUUGGCAAACCUCACACAGUCACAGAUUGCUCUCAACGAGAAACUUCUGAGUUUAUAAAGAAACUUCUGCCACCCUACACUGCAAAGAGCCUGAAGAAUGAGCGGAUACACUUUUCUAUGGUGGUGUUACAAAUUUCCUUGGACCGUAAUUUAAUUGCCUAGAUGACUUGGUUUACAUCUUCAUUUCCACUGCCCUGAAAAAUCCCUAACACGGUGUAGGAAAUGAAUGGGAACAGCUGCAGUUUAGUGGAGCCCACUAUUUUAAAAUGGAAUAUGUGAAUUUUUAUCUCCUGGGUUUAUCUACUUGUAUAACAAAAUACAGCUUUAUUGUAAGAAUGUAUUUGAAAUAAAAGUUCUGUGGCAAUGGCAAGAA